AUGUCAAUAUUUGAUGCUUCUCAGCCGUGGAUAGUUGGUGUUGUGCUUAUGGUGCUCUGGUACGAUCACGAGGAGCUCGACGCAUUGAACUUGAUAGAGCAUAUCAUGACAACGAUCCGGCGACUCAUGCCAUCAGCGCUUCAACCAUCAGCGGCCAUUCUAAGCGAAGACGAACCCCAGGACCUAGUGUUCUUUCUGGAAUCAUUCUCGGGUAAUUUGAGAGAGAUAUUAAGGGUGUGGGACGACUACAGCAAACGGAUGAUUGACAGCAUGGGUCACAAGCUCACUACUGACCACGAUACUGCGGCGAUCUGGGCUCGAUAUGGGGAUGCGUGGGACACUGAUUCGGCCAGAGCGUUACUACAGCAGAGAUGUCGCCACGUCGCGAGCGCAACGCUCCAGGGGAUGCCCGCGGCUGUAAUUGAGCCAUUGAAGGUUCGUGCAGAGUUGAUGGAGAAGGACUAUACUGCUGAAUUGAAACGGGAUGCAACCAGACUCUCGGAAGUUCUUCGUGAUUGGAUGUUGAGGCCAAAGCUCAGCAAGCCUGAAGAAAACGCUGAGCUACCUCCAGCGGCAAGGAAACUGAUCAGGGAGAUUUACGACAUCGUCACACGGAAACAGGAUCGCGGUGAAGAAUCUUGGGUAUAUACGAUCAAAUCAAAGACUCAGGAGCUGGAACUGUCAAUGCCCGAAGUGGACUCCAGCAUUUUUGACCCACCUCCGAGCUUUGAACAGAUCGCGCAAAUGGCCGCCAAAGGCGAGCUGGAGAGUGAGGAGGACCUUGGCCACGGGGGAAGUCAGAUGCCAAAGAAGGACCGGAAGCAUCUGAUGAACGAAAUAACCCGAAUCAACUUAGAGCCCAAUGAUGAAAGCGCAGAAGAGAUGAUGAGCAGGUAUAUCGCGCUCUACGGGGCAGUGUGGACUACCAGGAACAAGGUCAGAAGAAUCAUUCAAAUUGCCGAAUGGAGUGAUAGUGACGAGGAAGGCGAAUCGUUGCUAGAUCAUGAAGACUACAUGAGAGAAGCCGAGGAUUCUGAUUUUAACGACGAAGACUAUGAGAAGGAUGAAGGGGUCAAUACACCUUCUGCUAGUGCCGACGAGGAAGAAGGAGAAGGAGAGUAG